CUACUAUCGCAACUCACUUCCAUCUCUCUUUCCUCCUUCCUCAAACUUUGUGCAUCUACACUACAAUUCCCUCUAUACUCUACACCCCGACCACCACACCACCUUCGUUCCUUCCGUUAACUGAGAUACAAAGUCUCCACGACACCUUCCUUGAACUGCGCGACGUGCACCACCACCCCAUCUCAAUAUCAUGGCUUCUCAGCGUCCUCAUACCUACAACAACCAAGGAGGCUAUCUUCCCAACGGCGCCACAGCAGGUCACACCGGCCUACCACAAGGAGCCGCACCUCUUCUUCCGAACCAUGGACGUGUCAUACAAACCGGGGGUGUCAGAGUGCUUUGCGUAGCAGACGUUCGAGGCAACUUAAGAUCGCUGAACGAACUUGCGAAACAAGCUCGCGCCGACCACAUCAUACACACUGGCGACUUUGGUUUCUACGAUGAGACCUCCCUGGAUCGUAUCGCAGACAAGACCCUCAAGCAUGUCGCUCAAUACUCACCUUUGAUUUCCGAACCAAUAAAGAAGGCAAUUCAGCAACCGGGACAAUCAGGACCAGUAAAGUCCCGCUUCCCAGCGAGCGAUCUACCUCUCUCCGAGCUUCCAUCUUUCCUCAAUGGAUCGCUCAAGCUGGAUGUUCCAGUCUACACCGUCUGGGGAGCUUGCGAGGAUGUCAGAGUUCUCGAGAAGUUCCGUUCUGGUGAAUACAAAGUCGACAAGCUUCACAUUAUCGACGAGGCGCGCUCGAUGCUCCUGGAGGUUGGAGGUGUUAAGCUGCGUUUGUUAGGUCUUGGCGGAGCAGUUGUCAUGCACAAGUUGUUCGACAAUGGCGAGGGUCGCACCACCAUCGCUGGAGGACAGGGAACCAUGUGGACCACUCUACUGCAGAUGGGUGAGUUGGUAGAUACUGCAAACCGCGUGUACGAUCCAACGGAGACACGUGUUUUCAUCACGCAUGCGUCGCCCGCCAGGGAGGGAAUUCUGAACCAGUUGUCUGUCACCCUGAAGGCAGACUUCUCAAUUUCCGCUGGUCUUCAUUUCCGCUACGGUAGCUCUUACAACGAGUUCAGUGUCAACCCUACUCUUGACCAUUACCGUGGCAAGCUCGCUGCCUCCAAGGCAUCAUUCAACGACGUAUGGGAGACUGUCAAGGGUGAGGUUCAGCCAGCGAUCCAACAGAAUGAGGCACAGCAAAAUCUCCUCAACAAUGCCCUCGGCAUAGUUGAGAAGAUGCCCACGACUGCCCACGGUGGUAACCCAUUCGGUGGCCCUGUUGGUGGUUCUAAUGCUACGGCUAUUGGACAAGUUGACGAGAGUGCCUUCAAGAACAUGUGGAACUUCAACUUGGCAGACGCGGCAUUUGGAUGGUUGGUUCUGGAGAUCCAGGAUGGCAGAAUCGGAACCGAAAUGAGAGCUCAAGGCUUCAACUUCGCCCACCGUGGUGCCAAGCAACACCCGGCUCAGGCUAACCAGCAGCAGCCUGCCCAGGCACCGGCGACGGGAUCUGGUACUCCUGGAGCAAGCCACGCACUCGCCUCGGUGCCAUCUGGACCGGCUCAAACUCGCUCUCCUGCAGUACCAGCUGCAUCGCAGCCAUUCAAUGCUCCACAGCAACGUGCGUCAAACCAGCAGCAGCAGCCAAGGGGACCAGCAAGCAACCCGCCACGCGCAACAGGCUCGCCUGCCCCGUUCCAAGGACAGAAGCCAGCCACCCCGCAACCGGCUCAGAACGUAGUUAACCUUCCUGCUGCCUCCAAGGAGAAUGAGAAGGCUCCCGCAGUUGGUGCCAAUGGAUCGGCGACCAACGGUUCUGCAGAUGCUGCCGCUUCGCCAGUUCAGAAGUCCCAGGAUAUCAUCGGUCUGUUUGUUAUGAACGUUCAAACCGACGACGCCGUUAGGGAUCUCUUUGUUGAGGAGGAUAAGGCCAAGAUCGUGAAGAUCGACAAAUGGGGCCAGUCUAACAAGGUUGUUCAGUUCAAGACAACCGAGGAGAGAGAUGAGGCACUGGCACGCCUCUCAGAUGAUGUCAAGACUCGUUCCAUGGAGGAUCGCAGCAGGCCGCUCGUGAAGAUUUUCCUUGCCAAGGACAGCAGGGGCACUUACCCAACUAGCCGUGGCGGUGCAGGCAACUGGGGUAGCAGCCGUGGUGGCAGCAACCCAAAUGCACCACAGGCCGGGUAUAGAAGCGCAGGAGGCGCUAGCGACAGCGAGAGUGGCCGUGGCGGACGUGGCCGUGGUGGAGCCAGAGGUGGACGAGGCAGCACUGAGAGGGGAGGGCGCGGCGCUCGCGGUGGAAGAGGUAGCUUCAAGGGCGACGGCAACACCUCACCUACGACAUCGGCGCCAGCUGCUCCGGCGACAUCGACCGCACCUACUUCUUAAGUCUUGCAUUCACGAUAUACCUUUUACCUUGUCGCAUUGUUCCACCAACAUUCUCGAUUCAUGAUAACCUUAAUGGCCAUAUUUCUCUUGUCGUAGGCGACUAGGCAUUACUUGUAUUCGGGAUUCUUUGAGAUGGGGCUGGAGUUACCUUUAGCUUACGCCUCACGUUUAUCACGUUGAUUGCGAUGAUAGCUAUUACUUUUCCUUCCUUGUAUUUCUGAGCAUAGUACUCCUCUGCCUCUUUGCAAGCACUGGCGCUGCGUGUAUUUGUAAGGUCACGCUUUCGUGGUUGCCCAUGGGGACGGAGAUGAAGAUGUGGCAUAGAAAAAUCAGAUAUGAUACAAUUGAGCCUUGUGCUCUAUAA